AUGACCACGUCUCUCUCCAUCCCACCAUCGAACGCAACCGUCGAUGUCAAGAUCCUCAAUGCCGGCAACCUCCACCUUGCCGCCUCCCUCUUCAUGCGCCCGGUCGUUCCCGGGCACGAGAACUUCGUUAUACCCAUCUACGCCUUCCUCGUUGAACAUCCUGCCAAAGAUAAAAAGGUAUUGUUCGACCUGGGCGUGCGCAAGCGGCUCGAAGAGCUUUCCCCAGCUACGAGCAGGGUUCUGGAGGCGCUAAGGUGCACAGCAGACGUUGAGAAGGACGUGGCGACGCAGUUGACCGAAGGAGGGGUCAAUCUUGCGAGUGUUAAUGCCAUCAUAUGGAGUCAUACUCAUUAUGACCACACAGGCGACACCUCGACCUUCCCUGGUACGACCGAGCUGAUCGUAGGCCCUGGCACGAAAGCACAUGUCCUUCCACCAUAUCCGGAAAACCCUAACGGAUCACUGUUAGCCAGCGAUUUGGAAGGUCGUAAAGUCACCGAACUCACGUCCGAAGACUUCACGCUCACCCUUGGCAACUUCAGAGCGCAUGACUACUUUGGAGACGGGUCCUUCUACCUGGUUAACACACCCGGCCACUGUCCCGGCCACAUCACCGCGCUGGCUCGGACAACGCCAACGACAUUCAUUCUCCUCGGCGGCGACACCUGCCACCACCCGGGCCAGUUCAGACCCAACGCGGCCAUCCAGCGCCACAUCCCCUGCCCCUCCACCCUCCUCUCCAACCUAUCCGCGAUGCAUUUUCCCAAGCACACCCCCGAAGCCUUGACCCUCGACUCUGACCCGGAGCCGUUCCUAGCUAUCGCCGCCGAGCCCCCUACGGUGUAUGACGACCCGCCUACAGCUCGUCAGUCGAUCAAGAAUUUGGGCAUGUUCGAUGGGAGCCCAGACGUGUUAAUUCUGCUUGCACAUGAUGCGAGUAUCCAACAUUUAUUGAAUUUCUUUCCGCAGAAGGCGAAUGACUGGAAGGAGAGAGGCUGGAAGGAAGGAGAGCAAAAUGUUCCUACUUUCAUGAGCAUGCUAGCAAUGGGUGCUUAG